CCGUGUCUACCGCUUUGUUCAGGUUCAAUAACUUCCCAAGCCGUAGUAGCGCAUGUAGCUUCCCCUGCACUGUCUGGAGGGCUUCGAGUCACCCGCAUGGACAGCUGGUUUUACCAUGCUCUACAUAAAAUUAAAAGCUCCUCCGCGUGUGACAAACUUUUCAGAGCCAAUUCGCAGUCUCCGCUGAAGGCUGAAAUCCGUCUGGCUUCUCAACUUGCCGUUGCAAAUGAGCAAAUGAACGUACUCCUUCUCCCUGUUCUCGUAUCACAUCAGUCUCAGACAUUAGCUCGGGGCAGGAAUAUUCAUGUUGUCAUCGACUGGCGUCCGGCAGCGGCUCCGGAUCCAUAUGACGAUGACACCUCUCCAGUCGAUCUACAAUGUCAUAUACCUGUGCCUUAGAUCGAGGUGCGCCUAAGGUGACAGCCCUGACUCGCAUCCGGUGAGACCUGUCGUACAAGAAGGAAAAAACACGACAGGAUUGCCGGUGGCUUCGUUGAUCCAGUGUCAUGGGCAAAACCCCACACCUAGAACAUGGAGGCCAUCAGCUGGCCGCAUAGAGCUUACAGCGGGGUCACGAGAGACAAAAUUGCACUUCAGGACUCCUCAAUAACACAUAAUCUGACACAAAGUACUGUUGUCCAGGUGUCUCUGAGCAACUACUUGUCGAGCACAGAGCACACACAUCCAUCAACAACUCGGCGCACUGUUCGCUGCCCACCAUUUCUGACGCCCUCCAACGGGGACCUAUCGACCAAUCAUUAUGACAGAGGCCUGCGGAAAAAGACUGCUGCCUCAUCCCGCUCGCCCUACCCCAACGUUCCCCCGGAGCCCCUCGAUCCCA